UCUCUGGUGUGCGCGGAGCAAAGUCUCCGCAGUGGCUCUACCAGCUGGGACACACAACCAUCGCACAGAUCCCCGGGAACGCCAGAGACAAAAUGAUUUUGGAAUUUUGCCUGCUAUGAAACCAAGGAUGGGAUGAUCACUCCCCUUGCCCCCACUCACCGGUUUCUCGGAGUUAUGUCCAUUUCCCCUUUGCUUCUGACUCCUGAAGGCAUCUGCGAAGAGACCGGAUUCCAAGGCUCACCGAGAGAGGAGACAGGGUGAAGUGGAUGGUAGCUGGGAGGUGUACUCUCUAGAGUCCCUGCUCUACCCUGAGGGAUAAGGAUGGAGGGGUGCAAAACAGCCGAUUUCGUUCCCACUAAGCCUCCGGGAUCCUUCUGGGACGUCGCAUGGUGGGUGACUGGGACUCUGGGAGGAAGAGACUUGCAGCGAGCAAAACUUUCGGUCCUCCAGCGGCGACUGGACGAAAGAACCUGUGCUUCUUCCCGGGGUCGCGCCAGGGUUGCUGGCUGGACAGGGCGGCGGGGCGCAGCAUCCUGGCGCGAGGCGACCCUGCCCGGCUGAACCGGCGGCGCACUCAGGCUCUGCUCUCAGCCUGCCGGACUCCGCGCUCUCCCGAGCCCCGCGCACACGGCGCCUCUCUGGCGCCCCCAGCGGCUGCACGCAGCACAGCAGGGCCGGGCAGGGCCGAGCGCGCCCCGCCUCCCGCCUCCUCCGCCGCCCUCCUCCCCCUCUCAGAACACUCAAUGUCGGAACGUUCCGAAGAUGACGUCGGAGCGUUCUCGAAUCCCGUGUCUCUCGGCUGCUGCUGCCGAAGGAACAGGGAAAAAGCAACAAGAAGGAACAGCAAUGGCGACACUGCACCGCAAAGUGCCCAGUCCGGAGGCGUUUCUGGGCAAACCCUGGUCCUCCUGGAUCGACGCCGCCAAAUUACACUGCUCCGACAAUGUAGAUUUAGAAGAGGCUGGAAAAGAGGGUGGCAAAAGCAGGGAGGUUAUGAGGCUUAAUAAAGAAGAUAUGCACCUAUUUGGCCAUUAUCCAGCACAUGAUGACUUCUAUCUGGUCGUGUGCAGUGCCUGCAAUCAGGUCGUCAAGCCCCAGGUCUUCCAGUCACACUGCGAGAGAAGACACAGUUCAAUGUGCAGGCCUUCUCCCUCUCCAGCGUCUCCAGCCUCCAAUUCCCGGACAUCGCUAGCACAGGCAAAGACGAAAGCCUGUCUCAGCGGCCAUAGCGCUGUCAGCAGCACCUCAAAGCCAUUUAAAACGCCCAAAGACAAUCUCCUUACCUCCAGCAGCACACAGCACACAGUCUUCUCUGCAAAGGGACCAAGGGAUAAACCAUGCGUUCCAGUUCCCGUAGUCAGUUUAGAGAAAAUUCCUAACCUAGUGAAGGCAGAUGGUGCCAAUGUCAAAAUGAACUCUACAACCACUACUGCAGCCACUUCCUCCUCCUCUGCCGUCUCCACUCCGCCUUUAAUUAAGCCCACCUUGAUGUCCAAGUCAGUGCCACCUUCACCAGAGAAGAUCUUAAAUGGCAAGGGGAUUCUGUCAGCCACCAUAGACAAGAAGCACCCAAACGGCACCAAAAACAGCAACAAGCCUUACCGGAGACUUUCAGAGAGAGAAUUUGACCCAAAUAAACACUGUGGAGUAUUGGAUCCCGAGACAAAGAAACCUUGCACAAGAUCCCUCACCUGCAAGACACACUCGCUGAGCCAUCGGAGAGCAGUCCCAGGCCGGAAAAAGCAAUUUGACCUCCUCCUGGCGGAGCACAAAGCCAAGUCCCGGGAGAAAGAAGUGAAAGAGCACCUUCUGACUUCCGCUAGGGAGAUACUUCCGAACCCUCCUGGACCCUCGCCUGAUGCUCCGCAAGCAUCUUCCGGGAGCACGGUGGCAGAGCCGAAAGUAGCAUCCCCACCAAAAUCCAGGCCACUCAACUCUGUACUUCCCAGACCAUCGUCUGCAAACAGCAUAAGCAGCAGUACUUCUUCAAACCACAGCGGCUACACUCCAGAGCCCCCUCUGCUCCCAGCUGGAGGCGACCUUGCCAGCCGACUGUCCAGUGAUGAAGGGGAGAUGGACGGAGCCGACGAGUCCGAGAAGUUAGACUGUCAGUUCUCCACACACCACCCCAGACCUCUUGCGUUCUGCUCAUUCGGGAGUCGCCUCAUGGGACGAGGAUACUAUGUGUUUGAUAGAAGGUGGGAUCGAUUUCGCUUCGCACUGAACUCCAUGGUAGAAAAACACUUGAAUUCGCAGAUGUGGAAGAAGAUCCCUCCUGCGGCAGAUAGCCCCAUGCCCUCGCCAGCAGCCCACAUCACCACCCCCGUUCCAGCAUCCGUUUUGCAGCCUUUCAGCAACCCCAGUGCUGUGUAUCUUCCUUCAGCUCCCAUCAGCUCGAGACUCACCUCUUCUUACAUAAUGACAUCAGCCAUGCUCUCAGACGCAGCUUUUGUGGCAUCGCCGGACCCACGCGUCCUCAUGUCCCACACCACAGCUUUCCCCCAUGUGGCUGCAACCCUCAGCAUCAUGGACUCAACCUUCAAGGCCCCAUCCGCCGUGUCCCCGAUACCAGCUGUCAUUCCUUCCCCAUCCCACAAGCCAUCCAAAACCAAAACCAGCAAAUCCUCAAAAGUGAAAGACCUGUCCGCUCGUAGCGACGAAUCUCCAAGUAACAAAAAGAGGAAGCCGCAGUCCUCCACUUCUGCCUCCUCCUUAUCCUUGCAGGCUCCCCUCUCGUCUCCAUUGUCAGGGCCCCACAAAAAGAACUGCAUUCUGAAUGCCAGUUCUGCUUUGAACUCCUAUCAGGCAGCCCCUCCCUAUAACAGUCUGUCUGUGCACAACUCAAAUAACGGGGUGAGCCCACUCAGUGCCAAGCUGGAGCCCUCAGGACGGACCUCACUGCCCAGCGGCCCCAUGGACAUAGUGAGACAGGUGGGCGCCGUGGGUGGCAGCAGUGGCCCCUGUCCCCUCUCCGUGCCCUCCCUUGCACUCCAUGCAGGGGACCUCUCUCUGGCCUCACACAACGCUGUGUCUUCUCUGCCCCUCUCCUUUGACAAAUCAGAAGGAAAAAAGCGUAAGAAUUCAAGUCCUAGUAGCAAAGCCUGUAAGAUCACUAAAAUGCCUGGUAUGAAUAGCGUUCACAAAAAGAACCCACCCAGCCUUCUUGCACCGGUGCCCGAUCCCGUUAACAGCACCUCCUCUCGGCAGGUUGGAAAAAAUAGCAGCCUAGCUUUGUCACAAUCCAGUCCUUCAAGUAUAUCCAGCCCAGGACACAGCCGACAGAAGAACACAAACAGAAUGGGAAGGAUAAGGACUCUUCCCUAACAAGAUGGUGAAGUCACUUCAAGCCAGUCUGCUUGUCACCCUCUCCAGGAGACUAAGUCUGGAGAAGGGAGGGUGGUGCUGGCCUGUGGAGGAGAGUGUUUCAUGGAUACUGCCUGUGGCUCUGGCCCUCCUCCUUCCUCUUCCUCUUCCUCUUCCUCUUCCUCCUCCUCCUUCUUCUUCUUCUCCUUCUCCUCCUCCUCCUCUUCCUUCUUUUUCUUCUUCUUCUUCUGACAUGAUUUUUAGUUUAAAAAAAGGCAAAAGAACCUGAAUUUAAGAUUUACAGAAAACAGUGUUUUCUCUGUUUUUUUAUAUUAUUAUUAUUAUUUGUCAUGUCUUAUAUAUUCUUCCACAUUUGGGGUUAUUCCCCUUGCUCCUGAUGCUGCUAAUGCGCCGCCAUUUUGCUCGAGCCCUGAGAACAGAGGUUGCAAACUGACGGUUCUGGUUCCGGGUUCCGGUUCCGGGUUGGCACCCGGUGGAAGCUCUUGAAUUUUAGCACUUGCAGAGCUCAUUCUCUCCCGAGUCCUUUCCUACCCUGCCCUUCCAUUCCACCCGUCAAUCAUUGUGCUCCAAUGGCUACAAGAAGUUGCUGGCUCCCACCAGCAGCCCUGGACCACAAGUUGGAGGAAGGGCUUGCUGGGGAGCAACCGAUGCUCGGAGUUGCAUCCCGCGGGAGGGAGGUGUAUGGUGGAGGGGGGGGGAUGCCGAGGGACGGGGCUUCAACUGGUUUCUGCAGUUCUCCCUGUUCUGAACCAAACAAAUUACAGCUGCUAAAGUGAUGUCACGGCCAAGGCCCAGUUGUGCAGUUCAGAACAGCCAUCUUGUCAGGUACAAGGACAGAGAGACCUGACUUGAGAAGAAGGAAAGAUGUUGGGAACUCGAUGACUGUGAUGGUCAGAGCCUGUUUGGAAUAUACUCUGAAAAAUCUUUUUCAGGGCACAGCGCACAAUUUCUUUUAAAUCUGGGUCAGUUGAAAGCCAAUAGGAACCAGGGAAGUUGCUCCGUGAGGCGGGGCAGUGACCAUAGCUCCUGAGAAGGUUCUGGGGCCAGGAAGGGUCCCCCGGAGGAAAGUCUGCAUGGAUGGUUUUGUGUCAACCCCCUUGUGGGAAUAAGAAGCAGCAUUGGUACAGCCACACCUUAGAUGUGCUUGCAGUCCAUCUUCAGAUGCCCUGACUCAGACAGGCCAGAGCACUGGUAAGGACAAGCAUAGAGAGUAAGAGUGGGCAGAGAGGCGCUGGGACGCCACAGCUAUCAGGCUGUUGACACUGGAGUUUUGAAAGAAACAUCAGUACCAUUAAGUUCUAAUGGGGAAUCAGGAUCUGCCAGACGUUGGCGCCAUCCUGAAAUCAAAAGUGAAUGCUGGUUUUGCAUCUGGGCACACCCCGCCUUCCCUCCCCAAAGUUUUCUUUCCCAUCCCUUUUCUCCCAACCCAAAGAUCAGACUACUGUUUCACCAUAGGAUUGGAAUCUGCAAGGACGGGAGGCAAAGGGAGUGAUUUCCCUCGAUGGAAUUGCACUGACGGUGUUUCUUACAGGAUUCCUAAACUUUUAAAUAUAAAAUGAAGAGUUUUUUUUUUUUUUUUAAGUCAGGAGUUUGUAUUAAGCAAGUACAUUGGUUAGGAUAAUUUGGCUUUUCUUUCUCCACUGUUAAAAGUGCACUUAUAUGCUGGUUAAUUUACGUCUUGGGGGAAAAAAAAGACUGCAAAUUCAAGGGGCAAUUGUUACUAUUUCGUUUUUUGUUUCUUUUUGGGUUUUGUUUUUUUAAGGUUAAGGCAGAUUUUAAGACUUAUAAAUGUUUAAGAAAUUAUAAACAAGGUUAGAUCCUUUGGGGGGAAAAGUUUAGAAGAUAUUCUUAAAGUAAAUUUUUAUAGUGUUAAUUUUGUAAUAAUUUAUGUUUUACUAUAUUACAGAGCUAACUGACCAGAAUAGUUUCAGAAACAAUAUGAAACUUAGGAAAGUUUAAGCAAUGUUUAUAUUUUUAAAAUGUUCUUUGAAUUAUGUUUUUAUUGUACAUUUCUUCAGACUCAAAAGUGUGUACAUAUCUUUGUUAUUUUUGCACAAUUUUUGUCUUGUUCGGUUUUAGAUGUCGUUUUAUAUAUAAAUAUAUAUAUAAAUACAUAAUUUAUUUUGAGUUGUAAAACUUGCAGGAUUAAAAACAAAACAAGUCUCAGCAACAGAAUAACCCUCUGGUCCGUAAACUCUUCUGCUCAAAAGAGGGAAAAUAAAGGGUGAGAGGUGACAUAGCGGCUUGUGAGAAUCAGCAGCUCCUUAGAGACCUAGGGAGCAAGCAGGCUUCAGCAUGGUCUGCGCGGAGCCGAGCUGUGCUGCGCAUCCGAAGCCGCAAGAGAGAGGCUUUCCACGCAAAGCUACUUCCUUGAGUGACUGCUUUGACCAAAAGGUGAGGACAAUUCCAGAAAACUGAGCUAAAAGGGAAAAACCCACGGUAUUUCUUCCUUCACAAGUCAUCCCCGCGUUUACUUUCUGAUAUAUUAAAUGCUUGCAGCUAGGGGGGAGGGGAAUGGAAUGCAAAGAAAAGAUUUCCUUUGGAUUUGUUCUCAUGGAAUUCAACUGGACCAACCCCUAACGCAUCCGGAGAGCGGUACCCUUCGGGUCUUUCUGUACCCCACACCCACUCAGCCUUCUGUCUCUGCCCCUUGGCCGCUCACACCCCCAGUCCACCGGGGAGCUCCUGACACGUCGCCAGCCACAGAGGCUCUGGAUGUUAAGCAUAAUGCAAUGCAUAGACCUGUCAGCCAUAUAAAAUUAAAAAUCAAAAAAUCGAGUUGGAUAACUUGUAUGCCUUCUUUUGUAUCGAUGUACCAACUGUAAAUAACGCUGAUCAACCUUUGUAGAAAAUAGUUUAUACAGCGUAUUCUAUUAUUGCUGAUUCUCAGUGAACUCUUGUUUUAAAAAAAAAAAAGGAAAAAAUGAAAUUUUCUAUUUACACCUUAUAUUUUGUUAUGCUGUCAGCCCAUGGCACCUUAACAGAAUUCUGUGGGUUUUAUGUAGCUGGUCAGUCAUGGGGUAAAUUCAAUAACUAUUGUUGCACAGACAAGAAUUUGCACCUGUUCAUUUGUCCUUUCCUACUAACCAAUUUUAGAAGCUUUUCCAGAAGAAUUUUGAAGAGAGCAUGUCCAAUCAUAUUCAACAAAGGCCACACUCAUGGAGUGGGUUUCUUUUCUAUGAUCCAUAUUUUGUAACACUAAGUAUUUUCCUCCUUUGUCCCGCCCCUUUAUACCUUUAUGAAUUAGCGCUAUCAGAUAGAGUCCAUUCCAUGCCUGUGAUGUUGUAAGCGGAUAAAUGUCCGACAUAGGUGUAAAUAGUAAACUCUAUGGCUUACAGUUGUUAAAAGAAAGAACAAAUACGUAUCUAUUGAUACUCCCGUGGUUCAGCACCAGGUCUGGAAAUAUUCUCCAGUAAGUGAUUGUAUUUUUUUUUUUUUGCUUUUUUUUUUUUGUAACAUGGCUUUGUAAAUAAAAUAAUUUAUAUGUUUGUAAAAAAAAAAA